AUGGGCGGAAAACGGAAGCGCGGCGCCAAAGCCAAUGCCAGUGAGAGCCAGCCAUCUCGGAAAAAGUCGAAGAAUGGCGAAGCAAAGCCCGCUGCUGCGCCGUUGAACCAGGAUCUCGACAAGUCGCCCUUCCCCGAGAAGCCUGCAGUUGACGACCGCAAACGCGAGGCUGAACUUUAUGAGCUUCUCGGGAGCUACGACAGUGCCCAACACAUUGCAGCUGCUGAUGCGCUCAUCACCGGGCUCCUGGCUAGCGAAGAGGUCGUUCUCGAAAGACAUUUAGAGAAACGUCUUUUCCGGGGUCUCGCAAGUCAUCGCAAUGCUUCCAGGGUCGGGUUCAGUUUAGCUUUGACCGAGAUUGUGAGCCAGUUGUAUGGCUCAAAAGAUCUCGCUGCCUCCAAGUUCCCAGGCCUGACUUUCGAGAAGGUCCUGGGCAUCCUGGUCGAGAAGACGCAACCUAGCGGUAGUCUCCCCGGUCAAGAGGAGCGUGAUUUCUAUUUCGGUCAGCUGUUCGGUCUUCAAUGCUUUGUGGAGUCCGGAACUCUGUUUGGCGGCGACAGUACAAGAUGGGUAGCCGUCCUAGAUCUGCUCUUGAAGUUGAUCAGCAAGAAGGUUUGGAUGCGAUCGCACUGUGCCUGGGUCAUCGUGCAAUCCUUGCCACAACUUGGGCAGGAGAAAACCAGUGAAACCCUGCAGAGGCUGGUCAAUGAGGGUCUUGGAAAGACUGCUGAGGGUGUUGGUAUCUGGCUCAAGGCAGCCAAGUGCUAUCCGAAAUUGAAGUUGCCGACUAAGCCGUGGACGAACCCCCUAUCCCCAAAGAGCAUUCCUGAACUGGCAAACGUCUUGAAGGAGAAUGUCAAACAGGACAGCGGUAGCCAGGAGGCUGCAGCUUCGGCUGCCGUAGCAAGCAAUUGGAACUCGCAGCUUCAUUUCGUCUGGGAUCUCAUUCUAGAGUAUUAUGUUACGGAAGCGAAAGCGACGAAAGCCCAGGAUACCGAACAGUUCAAGCUUUUCUGGAACACAGUUGUAGAUGGUAAGUCGAUAGCCGCUCACUUGAACAGAGCUAACAAACCCGAAGAUGGCCUCUUUUCCAAAAGUGCUACUGAACCGCAAAAGUUCCGAGGCUGCCUGAUAUUCCAAAAGUUCAUCCAGGGCUUCGCCGCCGCAAAGGACAGAUCUCUGGUCACACACGUGUUUUCGAGGAAUCUCAUGAAGUCAUUGGUCAACCAAGCAGCGAAGGAGGAUCGAUACCUUCAUCGUGCGGCGGUCAAGUCCUUGAAAACGGUGGUUGAUGUCGUCGAAACGGAGCCAACUCUUUUGCUGGCAGUGCUCAAAGCACUCCUCGGCAAGAAUGGAGGAUACGAUUUUGACCAGCGAACUCACUCCAAGACCGUUGAGAGACUCUUGCAAUUCGCAAAUGAGAAGGACGCUGAAGCUAUCUUCUCUAUGCUCCGUGACCCAGUCGUCUCCAUCAAGAGCAGCGAUGACGCCGAAGUCGAGAAGCUCCGACGUGUCUUUGCGGACUACCUAUUCAAGAUCUGUACUCCGGAAAAAGCCCAAAUCGAUGAGUCUUCAGGGGACCGAAAAACCUCCAAGGGUAGUAUUAUAGAGACGGCGAUCAAGGAGCUGGCAACCUGCGCUUACUCGCAUGCUGGAAACUACAGCCCCGAGGUCUCCCAGAAGACACGAGAGUACUGCCGAAGCCGCCUGGAGUCCGCUUUCGCAAAGCUGACAAAGAAGCGCGAAGACUAUCGAUACCUCUGCAAUGCAGUUGUGUCUAUCGAGGCAUCGGCAGUUCAAAUGAGUGAAGAAAUUGAAGCCGAAUGCAAGUCUGCCUCGAAAGCUCUGCGCAAGCUGAUGAAAGGUUCUGGCAACGCAGAUGAGGGAGACAGUUCGCGUCUCGGUUUCGCACUUCUAUAUGCCAUUGCGAUUCUUCAGCUGUACAAUGGAGAUUCAGACGCCUUGAGUACGCUCUCUGAUUUGAAGCAGUGCUCCGAGAAGCUAAAGGAAGGCGACGAUGCCGCCUCGGCUCUGCUCAUCGAGAUUCUGCUUUCUCUUGUGUCGCAACCCUCACCUAUGAUGCGUCAAAUCACACAGCAAGUGUUUGAAGCAUUCACUGCACAAUUUUCCGCGGAUGCGCUCGAGCGACUCACGGCCCCUCUUACCGCAGAGGAGAGUCUUAAGGGACAGCAAUCUCUCUUCGAUGGUGAGGAGGCUGACCUGAUGGAUGUCGAUGGGCUAGAUGGAGGUGAGAGCGAUGAGGAUGAGGACGAAGACGAGGAUGAGAUAUCAGAGCUCGGCUCAGACGUCGAGUUUGUCAAUUUGAACGGCGAUGACCAAGCCGAAGGAGAGCCUGAUAGCGAAGAUGACGAAGACGGCGCUGAGGCGCAGGCCUACGCGGAUUUGGAUGCAGAACUUGGAAAUAUUCUGGGCAGUCAUCGACUCGACAAAGACAAGGAUGCCGAAUCCUCAGACGACUCCGACAUGUCAGACUCAGAAAUGAUGGCGCUGGACGAGAAGCUGGUUGAGGUUUUCAAACAACGCACUCAAAAGCCCAACAAAAAGAAGGAGAAGAAGGAUGCCAAAGAGACGAUGGUGAUUUUCAAGCACCGGAUCUUGGACCUGCUUGAUGUCUACGUCAAGAAGGAAUCUCACAACCCCUUGGCAUUCCACUUACUCCUACCACUACUACAACUGAUUCGGACGACGUCGACGAAGGACCUUUCUAACAAGGCUAUGAAGGUCAUCACGGACUUUUCUGAAGCCUACAAGAAGGGGAGGAGCAAGUCAACCGGAACCAGCACCGAGUUGCAGGGCAAGACAGGAUCUUCCAAAUCACACACCAAGCUCCUACGUAACAUUCUCAUGGAAGCACCAAGAGAUCAGUCUCAUGCGCACGCUCGCGCCAUUACGGCAUGUAGUCUAGUAGUGGCCUCUAGCUUGGCAUCGCCGAAGGAUGCAUGGGAUGUGUACGCAUCGGUCGUGGGAGAGUGGUUGGUGAAUGGAGUCAAGGUACAGGCCGCGAUCUUCUCAGACUGGGCCAACUGGGCACAGGCACGUUGUCAGUAG